AUGAAUACCAGCAACGGCACAAAAACACCGAACUCUGAGGAUAAGAUAGAGUGCGAUGGUGUGGAUCGCGAAACAAGGGAGAUCGGAGCGACUGCCGUCUGCGCAGUUAUUUUCAUUACAUCCACCUUAGGAAACGCUUUGGUAAUCAUGGUGGUUUAUAGAGAGCGUCGAAUGAGGACAAUUGUAAACCUGCUAAUCGUCAAUGUGGCCGUUUCCGAUUUUCUAUGCACCCUGUUUGUCAUCCCAAGGGUGAUUACCCAGACAUUCACUGAUCAACUUGCUUGGCUUAUUGGAGGAACUUUAGGUGAGGCCUUAUGCAAGGUUGUUUACUUUUUCCAAGACAUAACCGUGGCUGUUUCACUACUGAGCCUGCUGAUAAUUGCAAGCGAGCGAUACUACGCUAUUACGCGUCCAAUUAUCCAAAAUACUUAUCAAAAGACGCGAGGUAUAUUACUUAUUGUGAUCACUUGGAUGGUGGCGUGUGUGAUCCAUGCAGUUGAUUUGUACGCUUUCAAGUUAGAAGAAGGAGCAUUUUGUGUGCACACCUGGGAGCCCCUUUUCGAAGAUAGGUUUGAAGCCUGGAAAAUUCAAUUUCUUGUCCAUACGAUCAUAUUUGUGUUCAUUCCAUUUUUUAUCAUAACCGCCCUCUACGUUACAAUUAUUAUUCGAAUUAGACGAAUGACCUUACCAGAGGAGGCAAGCAGACGUAGUCUUUGUCUUAGUCGAAAUAGGAAGGUGCUUCGUAUGUUAAUUGCGGUGGUUAUUGCUUUCGGCGUUUGUUGGUUUCCAUUCUUAAUUUAUCAUUACGUAGCAACCUUCACCUGGUUUAACAAUAACCUAGAACCCCCCUGUAGCGUGAAAUUUAUUGGAGAAUGUAGCUUAUAUUUAACAUUUAUUAAUUCUUCGAUAAAUCCAGCAAUAUACUUUAUGUUUAGUAAAAAUUAUCGCAGCGGCCUUAACAAUAUUGUUUGGUCAUUUUUCACGCCGUUCUUUAGAAGCUCAAGGAAAAGAGUUUCAAGAAAUAUUGAGACUCCAUGUUUCAAGCCACCACCUCAGGACAAUGGUGGAGUUAUUCAGUGCCAAGAUGUCGAAUUACAGGUUUUUUCUUUUCCGCAACGUUAA